UUGAUCACAUUGAGGGAAAGGUUGUUGUCGUCUCUGACCUCCUCCUUAUAGGCUGUCUCAUCGUUGUCGGUGAUCAGGCUAUUAUUAGCAGCUCGUCGUGUCUGUUUUAAUAUUUAGGAAUAUUUCACUUUCUCUGGUCAUAGCAUGAAUUUGUGCAUGAGGCAGAUGCAAUGCGACUCGAGUUUCGCCAUCAGGUGGAAGGCAUUGUCCCCUCUCUCUGGUCAGUCUCACAACUGAGACUAAACUCGAGAAUUGAUAACAAAAUAAAUCUCUGACUCCAGUGCGUUCAAGACAACUGGGAACUUGGGGGGAAAAACGAGAUCCAACUGGGAAAAAUCAUUUUGAACGGACAUCCAUCUCGAAAUUCCAAGACGGAAACUCAGCAUAUUUCCAGAGCUCCGACUUUCCGACCUGAAGAUCACUUGCAAAUGCUACACCUGAUCUAUUUUGUUAUCAAAGCUCGAAUUUUGAAAUAACCUACAAUAUGGUCUGAGGAUAACAAUAUUGGCAGGACGGGCAUAGGACAAUAGCCACUAUGAUGGGAUAACGUUUUAGGCCACAUUUCUGCAGAACUCUUUAUUUUGUUGUUUUUUUUUAGCUGUAGAUCUCGGCUUGUUUUUUGAUUGCCAAAGUGAUCUUGACUCAGAAAAGCUUCCUUGGGCCAACUCGUGUGUGUCUGCUUGUACCAAGCUGUGUAUGGCAAUGCGGCGGGUAACGGUGCCAUUGGUCGCCGGGCUGGUCGUGGUGGUGGUGGUGUUGUCGCUGCUGGCUGAACACUGUUUGGCGGAUGGUGGGGGCCUUGCUGAACGAGUUAUCUGGGCAGUGAACGCUGGCGGGGAAGCUCACACAGACAUGCAUGGCAUUCAUUUCAAGAAGGAUCCAUUGGAAGGAAAGCUUGGGAAAGCUUCAGAUUAUGGAGUGCGUCUGCCCAUAUUGCGCUCUAGUCCUGAGGACCAGAUUCUCUACCAGACAGAGCGCUACAAUGAGGAUACCUUUGGCUAUGAGGUGCCGAUUCGUGAGGAAGGAGACUAUAUACUUGUCUUGAAGUAUGCAGAGGUCUACUUUGCUCAGUCUCAGCAGAAGGUAUUUGACGUGCGUCUUAAUGACCAUGUGGUGGUGAAAGAUCUGGAUAUCUUUGAGCGGGUGGGUCACAGUACAGCUCAUGACGAGAUUGUGCCCUUCUCCAUACGCCGCGGUAAACUGAGUGUUCAGGGGGAGGUGUCCACCUUCAACGGCAAGCUCACUGUGGAGUUUGUCAAGGGUUAUUACGACAACCCCAAGGUCUGUGCUCUGUAUGUGAUGAAGGGGACAUUAGAUGAUGUACCAAAACUUCAGCCUCACCCUGGACUGGAGAAACAUGAAGAACUUGAGGAGGAGGAAGAAGAGGAGUCUGAGGCAGGAGAGGAGGGUGGUAAGAAGAGUACCUCGACAGCUCCCAAGUACAGGGUCCAGUCAGGCCCCAGAACACCAAACCCGUAUGCGGCCGACAAUAGCAGCCUCAUGUUCCCUAUCCUGGUGGCAUUCGGGGUGUUCAUCCCUACACUCUUCUGCCUCUGUCGGCUGUGAGAAUGUAAAAUAGAGGGGGAAACGGAACAUGAUGGACAAGAGACUGAAGGGGGGGGGGGCGGACAAGGAAGAGACACAAGGAAAGUCUAGGCAAAUAGACAGGAGUAAGCACGAGAGCCAAUGGCAUUAAGUGGACAAAAAAGAGACAACAAAUUUGGAAUGCAGUGCAGGUGACAGAAUAAAAUGCCUUCCUCACUAACUUUAAGGUCACACAGAGAAAAGGGGAUGGAGAGAGUGAGUUUGUGUGUAUUGUACAUCUUACACAUUUCCACCAUGUUUCAAAUUAUCACAUCACAAAGACAUGAUCUCGCAUGAGACAGGAUUGACCACUUUCAAACCAGGUUUGUCUUGUCUUGUAGGAAGAGGCUGGGACUAUACAGAGGGGUGCUGAAAUGUGAUUGGCUGUCCCUCUUUAUAGAUGAGUAUGGCUUUGGAUGAGGUGUGGCUUGAAGUGAAUGCAGAUAGGCUGCUAUGGUGAUCAACAAAAGUCAGGCCCAGUAUUUAGUCACAGAUGAUACAGGAGAUAAUAUCCAGAAAAUCUAUUGAUUCUUACAAAUUUGGAAAUUGGAAGAUGUUUUAGAGAAUGUAUGUUUGGUGGAGAUUGGAGGGGACAGUGGGAGACGGUUGCCAAUUUGGCCAAUUAGGCAUUUGAAUGUUUUUGCUUGCUCUUUUUUUACUUUAUUUUUGGGCUUGAUUAUCACCAAACUUGCUAGUGUUGUAAAGCUACAAUUUAUUUGAGCUUUUGAUACAAAGUUGUGCCAUAAUUUGUUGAGAAACAACAUGCUAAUAAUUUCAACAAGUCUGUACUGUUACAGCCUCAGUCUAUUCUAUGGCGGAGAAUUGAUGUUUCAUGUGCUGUUUGAAAAGAAGGCUGAUUGUGUUUUCACAUCUAAGGUGGAUUUCACAAUUAUGUUGCAUAACGUGUUUAAAAAUGCAUGUGUACCUCCAUGGGACUAUACCAUGCUGUGCUGUUUCAUAUAACAAUGCAAGUUUCCUCAAAUGUGGUCACAGGUAAGAAGUCUACUUGUUGUGCUGGCAUGCAUAACUGUCUGUACUAGCAGGUACCUUUCGAGACAGCUAGACUAUAGAGUUAUCAGAAAUUGCAGGGCUUGACAUUUAACAUUUUCAGCCACUUGUCUUCCAGUGCUUGAAAUUAAGGGUGUCCUGUUGUCCCUGGGACAAUAAAUGUCUACGGUUCAAAACAGACAAAAAAAACAAUGAGGCUGAUACAACAGAUCAGACCGUUUAGCUUAAAAUGUUGAUUAAGUAUUAUUUCUUCAUAUUAUAUGCUCAACAAUGUGCACAUGGCUGUGCUAUCUGGGAAGGUUCCGAAAUGCUAUUAGCGGGAAAACUGUUGCCAAAAGUGCACCGCACAUGUGAGUGGUUUCAUGUGACAGAGAUAAAAAAAUAUCUGUUAGAAAUUAAGAAAGAGGGGAGAUCUAAAGAUGCAUCAACUAGCAUGGGUUACUUAUAUGACUAGGAUUAUGCCUUUGGCUGCUCGACAAUAAAAUAUAAAUGUGAAAACCAAUAGAACAUUUGGCAUGUUAGGUGUUUAAAAUAAUUACUUCAACAUUUCUAUGGUUGUAUUUUGGCUAGGCUACUUUUAAACAAGGUAAGCCAUGCUUCAUAAAAUAACAUAAAACAUCCAGGUUUUAAACAAGUUUAUAGUUAAAAUGCUGACCACCUCUGCUCAGAUUCAAGGUGGGUGAUGUGUGGUGCGCAACAGGCACUGUCUCCGGUCUUGUGACCAUUUGAUCUGAACAAACCAUGCCUCAAGCCUUUAAACGUUAAUGUUAAUUUUCCUUCAUUAUAUUUGUAAAAAAUGACUGGUGUUUGCCUAUAUUUAUGUAAUUAACAGUCUCAUUAAAGUUUGGCUACAUUUUACAGAGCCUCAUGUCAGCAUCGGUUUGGACAUGAAGCUGCAGCCAAUAUGCAUAUCACCUAGAAUUUGGCAUGUAGGCUUUUUUUAUUUAUGUACAUGAAAAAUAGAUGUAAAUGUUAUUCCAAUGUUGGCCCCUCUGAUUUAAUUCUGAUCUGAGUAAUUGUUUGAUUUUGUGCAACAAAAAAAACAUUUACUUGUCCAUUCAGACAACUCCAAAUCUAUAUUAUUCUUCUCUACCUUUAAAAAAAAAUGUUGUACAAUUUUUUUUUUUUUUAACUUGUCCCAGACAAGAGGACAAGCCUUAAUGUUCCAGCCCUGGAGAGUUUGAAUCCUUUGAGGGUUUACAUGGUAUUUAACCACAUUGAUGAAACCCUCUAACUUGUAUGUGUUUUCCACUUAACGGUACAUUAGCUUGGUUUGCAUCUGGUGAAAGGCCACCUCUGAAAGGUUAUCUGAAAUAGUAUAGAGUGAUUAAGUUAGUUACUUUGCCAACAUUGAGGGACCUGGUAAUUAAACAAAUUCUCAAGCAAGUGGGACAGGUCCCGAAUCAGUAACAUGUCUGAAUUGUCACAGAGAUGCAUGUAGUGUAGUCCUUUGUCAUGGUCACUGCCUUUUCCAUUCAUGGCUGUGCAUGCCUUCUUUUGAUUCACCAAAGUGUUUUGUGUUGUAGAAUUUUGUUCUAUAAAACUCCCAGUAAUCCUCUGUUCAUAACACUGUGAUUGAUAUAAUUUCAUGUUUUAACUCACAAUGUUGGUGCUGGAGUGAUGAUUAAGUACUAGGUCAAGAUAUAACGUAAACAUCAGAAGUUAUCCCAAUACAGUGUGUCAUUAGAAUGAAUAACCGGAAGGGCCUACGCAUUUAUUUUGUAUUUAUUUACUAUUUAUGUAAAGUCCUCAUGGAAAAACUGCUGGAUUCUUUUAGUAUAUUGGAAUAUAAAUGUAGGGUGUGUGUGUGUGUGUGUCAGCUACACAGCUACAUAGAAGGUUAGAAAGUGAGGGGAGUUGGAAAGAACUAGUUGUUACACAACUUUUACUAAGGCCAACCAAGAUUGUCAGUGGUAGCCUAAAUUGAAACUGGCUUUGAGUAGAAAGCUUAAGAGCAGCCAACUUAACAAUUAUUAAAUUGUGAUUCUUUUCCCAGGGAAAAGUGUUUCUAAAAGCCAGCUCCCCAAAUUAGUUUGAAAAGUGUGCAAUCAGUCAAAUCAACAUGUAUAAACGGUGGGCUUGCACCAGUCUUAAUUAUGAUCUAUAUUUACCUUGCACAUGUGAGUAUCUAUAGAUGUGUGUACAUGUUUCACUAUAGGGAAUAUUUUCCCUCUUUCCCAUCUCUCCAUGAAAUAAUAUUUUAAGUUUAGGCCCUUUGAUUCCUUUCUGAAGCUGUUUAAAAAAAACUUGCCUUAAAGUGGACCGCAGCAUUUUGUUAUUACUAAUCUCUGAGGUGUUCCACGGACAUAUCCAUAUGUCCUUCAGUACAGUUAGCCUGGAAGUCAGUAGCUGCAUGUUUGCAUUGUUUUUGUGUUUAACUGCCUCUGUAUCAGGAACAAAGCUCUUUCCAUGAGGGAAAAAUCUUUUACCAAGCCUAUUACACUUGCCUCUCCACACUUGUCAUUGGUUUUAUACUUGCUGAAUACUUGACAAAUAGAUGAUCCAGGUGUUAUAAAUUCUCUCUCACUCUUGUGGUUUCCCCCUCUAUGUUCCAUGCUGCUGGAAAAAAACAAGGGAGAGGUUACAAUACUUGGUCAGCUGAUAGUUGUUUGAUUUGUUUUGUAUAAAAAAUACAUUUACAAAAAGAAACAGUAUCUAAUAAGAGAGAAGCACCUUUGUUACUUAUUUGAAAAAAUGAAAAAAAGUUUAUUUAAUUCAGUACCAAAGUUACAAUCUUUUGUUGGCUAAUUGAAAUUGCUACACAGUUGCGUGUGUAUAUACUGUAAGGUACAAUAUCACACUUAUUGUAGUGUGACAGCGGUUAUUUUCUAAUCUAAAUAUUGUUACUAUUGAGGUGUUUUUAAUAGUUAAUUUUAAAGAAGACUGGCAUUUCUGCUGGGGAUAAGUUACAACGGUGGCACUGUAGAAAAGAAAAGGUCUUGACUGACCACACUGACUGUCAGGAAGAGAGGAGAUUGAUGAAGCAUGGACAUUUUUACAUGUAUAGUUUAAGAAAGGGGUUUAAUCUGAGAUAUUUGCUUAAUGACUAAAGGAUUUGUAGCUUUUUAUUCUUUCUCAGGAUCUGUUUUGUUUGACUUUUUACCAGGAUGUUUUAGUGGUGUGACUACUUGGUUUAUUUUCAAAGCAUUUGUCUGUCAUUUGUUGUUUGUACAUUUUAUUUUAAUUGAAUCCCUGUUGCCUUGAAUUUGAAUACAGUUGUGCAUUAUCAUUGUCAGCUUUGAGGUUCCAUUUUUUUGGUGUGCUUUCGAUUACUUCAUUGGAUGUUUAAUUUUUUUUGCCCACAAGUCCUAGUGUGCAAAAAUCCUAACCUUACUUGAGCUCACCUAAGAUAAGAACCAAAUACUUGCUACACCACUCUCCCAUUAGCCCUACUGAGGUGCAGACGGAACAACCAUACACUCUUGUGCAGUCCAUACACAGUCUUAUGAAUCACAGAAUGAGGGUAUGAAUUAAUUAGUGUGAAUGUGAAAGAAAGCGAUCAAUGUCAAUAAGGAAUCCUACUCUACUUAUUGAUUUCUCCCACCCCAUGAGGGCUUCAUGCAGCAGGUGGACUGAUGGAGUCCUUUGAGAUGCCCCCUCCAUACUCAGUUGUGGCUCUACAAAUAACAUCUAAGUGGGAACUGCUGAUAAAUGCUGUCUCUUUUUUAAAUAAAUGUGCUAUUUUA